CUGGUCUCCGGCGAUCCGGCCACGUCCGAGGCGGCGAGGCGAUUCCUCAACGGCCUUGUUGAGCGGCGCGUUCCUCAGCGAAUCAGGGAGCGGGACCACACGGUCUGGCGACCCGAUCCUCGCGAGAUAGUCGACCGCCUUGGCUGGCUGGACGCGGGAGAGUUUCUGCGCCCGAACCUUGGCGACCUCGACGCUUUCGUCGGCCAAGUCCGAUCUGAAGGCUACCAGGAUGUUGUGCUUCUUGGCAUGGGUGGAAGCUGCCUGGGGCCAGAGGUCCUGCGGCGCUCUUACGGCCCCGUCGACGGCUACCCACGGCUCACCAUGCUCGAUUCCACCGUCCCCGGCCAGAUCUCGGCAGUUGCUAACUCCAUAGAUCCGGCGCGAACAAUUUUCAUUGUCUCCUCCAAGUCCGGUGGCACCAUUGAAACCCUCUCCUUCUACCGCUACUUCCGCGGCCUUGCGGAUGAAGCACUGUCUCGCGAAAGCGCCGGAGCGAACUUCGUCGCCAUCACCGAUGAGGGCACGCCCCUCCAGCGAUUGGGUUCCGAAGAGGGUUUCCGCCGGGUGUUCCUGAACCCGGCCGACAUAGGUGGCCGCUAUUCGGUCCUGUCCUGGUUCGGCAUGGUUCCCGCCGCCCUGGCAGGGAUUGACGUUAGACAUCUCCUCGGCAGCGCCGCAUCCAUGCGGGAUCAGUGUCUCGACGGUUCCGAGGAAAAUCCCGGCCUCCAGCUGGGCGCUUUGCUUGGCUCCGCCGCGCUGGCGGGCCGCGACAAGGUGACACUGAUUGCUCCUCCAUCCAUCGAGGGGUUCGGCCUCUGGGUGGAGCAGAUGAUUGCGGAAAGCCUGAGCAAGGAGGGGCGCGGAAUCGUACCCGUGGCCGACGAACCGCUCCUCGCACCCGACUGCUAUGGCGACGACCGCCUCUUCGUAUUCCUCGAGACGCCCGGCUGUGAUGAAAUUUCUGCAGCCGUUGAUCGCCUUCAGCAGGAGGGGCAUCCAGUGGCACGCAUCCCGGCCCGCGAUUGCGCCGAUCUGGGCGCAGAGUUCUUUCGCUGGGAAUACGCCACGGCCGUCGCUGGGUCAAUUCUGGACGUUCAUCCCUUUGAUCAGCCCGAUGUGCAGGGCGCCAAGGACAACACCGACCGGCUCCUUGAGGCUCAUCUGCGCGCAGGUGCCCUGCCUGAACAGGAGAUCUCGGGCUCCGUUACCUCCCUGCUUCGGCAGGUGAACCGAGGAGACUACUUCGCCAUAAUUUCGUACAUGCCAGUCGACGCAGAGUGCGAUCAGUUGCUGCAGGAGCUUCGCUCCCGCGUAAUGCAGCAAUGCCACAUCGCCACCACCGCAGGCUACGGGCCGCGCUACCUGCACUCGACGGGCCAGCUCCACAAGGGAGGCCCUGCUACGGGCCUGUAUCUGCACCUGACCCAGGGCAGUCGUCGCGACCUGCCCAUCCCCGGAGAGCGCUACGGGUUCGACGUGCUGGCCGCCGCCCAGGCCAUCGGCGAUUUCGAAGCCCUAACCAAGCUGGGCCGCCGCGUGGUUUCCGUCGACCUAGGCGACAAUGCUGCCGACGGUCUGCGGCGCCUCUUGAACGAACUCUAG